CGCUAUUACUCUUUGGUAGUGGCGCUACCUACGUACGAAAUAAAUAUUUUUUUAUAGAUUUUAUAUUGGUUCGUUUUUAUACCACAUAAUCCUUGUCGGAAUAUAUCUACGGGUUUUCCCUAUCCCGCUUUUUUAUUUCUACAGAAAUAGAAGUUUUCCGUGGUAAUCCCAAUACGUACAGAAUGAAAACAAGCACGUAUUUAUUAUUAUACGUUGUGAAUGUGUUUCUGUUUUCAAAAUCGAAAGGUUUUCCACAGUAGAAUUUGUUGUGUAGUGUAUAAAGUGAUGGAUAUGGUGUGUAUUUAAAAUGCAAACGAUAUGUAUCGUUGUAGUGAGCAUUGUUUUGGGGAACAUGGCGCGGCAUGCGUGCGCUGCCUACGCGCCGCCUGUCUGUCCUCCGGACUCAGAAUGCACGGAAUACCAAAAAGCUGACCACACUAAGAGAUUCUUCCAAGUGAAUGAUAUGAAACUAUCUAUAGAUAUACACAUGGGCCCCAUAAGCCAAUUGGAACUGGAGUGUCUGACCGAGAAGGGGUCACUGGACGAGAGUCCUCUGCCACAGUACAGCGCUCGGCAGGAGUUCGACGAGGUGUACAUCUCGGGCUGCGCGCUCGGCUCCGCGACGGUCGCCGGCGUGCUGCGCGCGCUCAACGCCGGCGCCGCGCUCAAGCUGCAGCUCGAGCGCGUGCGCGAGCCGCUGCGGAGCGCGCAGCUGGCCGGCCUGUCCGUGCACAAGCUCAACCUCGGCACGGACUCUGACUUCCGCACGAAACUCGACGACGAUUUUUUCAGUGCGUUCGGAAACGAUUCUGUCCUGGUCAACCUCUGGACGAGCGGAGUGGAAUACGAAAUCCCUCCGCGCGGACUGGCGAAGUGGACGUCGACGAACGCCCGCAUCGAGCGGCUGCCGCGCGGCUACCUGGCCUCGCUCGAGGAGCUAUACCUCAUAGAGCCGCAGCUGCGUGACGUGAGCGCACUGGAGGAAGCCGCGCUGCUGCGGAACCUGAGCGUGAUGGGAGACGUGGCAGGCGCCGUGCCGCCGUUGCCAGCACUGCGUACUCUGUGGGCCGGUGGCUGGCGCGACCUGGAGCGGCGUCCGCUGGAGCUGCCGCUGCUGGAGUCGCUGACAGUGGUGGGCGUGUCGCUGCGGCCGGCGGCCGGCUGGCUGGCGGCGUGCGACCGGCUGCGGAUGCUGCGGCUGCACUCGCCGCUGCUGGAGCUGCCGCGCGACUUGCUGCGCCACUCGCGCGCGCUCACCGACCUCGCCCUCAGCGGCGCGCGCCUCACGUCCGAAAUGUUGCCGGACGACUUGCUCGAGAACAACACCGAGCUGACCAAGAUCAACUUGUCUCACAACGACUUGACUACUGUCCCGAGCGCAUCUUUCUUCCGCCGGCUGGAGAAGCUGUCGGAGCUGGAUCUGUCCUGGAACCGGCUGACGCUAGCGGCCGCGCCGGAGCUGUUCCCCGCGCUGCCGCACCUGUCCGUGCUGCGUCUCGACCACAACCCGCUCGGAGACUCCUGCCCCGAACAAGGCACUGAUCAAAUCACAGCACCUCAGAACUCGUGGCUGCAGCAGCUGCGGGGGCUGACGAGCCUGCAGCUCGCGAACACAUCGACGCCGCGCGUGUGCGCCGACUGGGUGACGCUGAUGCCGCGCCUGCGCACGCUCGAUCUCUCCGCCAACCUCAUCACGGAGCUCGAGUACCGCACGCUGCACGCGGUGCGCAGCCAGCACAGCGACAUCGCGCUGCUGCGCAACAACGUCUCCUCCAUCGCCUACUCCGAGCAGGACUACCUCAAUGACGCCAACAUCGACGCGGAUCGAUGGCAGACGCAAAUAAAGCUGGACGUGCGAUCUCGGCUGCGCUGCGACUGCAACCUGUACUGGUUCGCGCGCGCGCUGCAGCGCGACCCCGACGGACGAGGACUGGCGCGCGUGUCACCGCUGACGUGCGCAGACGGGCGCAAGCUGGCGCAGCGCGCGCCGGCCGCGCUGGCGUGCCCGGCGCCGUGCGCGCGCGCGUGCCGCUGUCUCGUCGUGUCCGCGCGCGCGCAGCUCGAGGCGCGCUGCAGUCGGCUGCCCGGCCCCGACUCCGGAUCCUUGCAUCCCAACUAUCUCUUGGUGAAGAACCUAUCGUUGGCGGGUGUGGGACUGAAAUCUUUCCCUCCGGCUGACGUGCUGCCGCCGUCGCUGGCGGUGCUGGACCUGCGGAACAACUCGCUGAGCAGCUCGGGGCUGCGGCCGCUGCUGAGCGCGCGGCCACAGCUGCAGCUGGCGCUGCGCGGGGCCGCGCUCGACUGUCGCUGCGGUCAGCGGGAAUUGCUCGACACGCUUUUGGAAUAUAAGGAUCGUGUGCUGGACCUGGACUCCCUGAUGUGCUCUGACGGGCGGCGGGCGAUGGUGGCGGUGUGCGGUGCGGGGGAGGGGCAGGGGGCCGCGGUGACGGCCGCGCUGCUGCUGCUGGGCGUGCUGGCGGCGGGCGUGGCGGCCGUGCUGGCGGCGCUGGCGCAUCCCAAGCUGAGGGCCAAGAUCAAGGUGGCGCUGCACGUGCUGGGCGUGCGAGCGGCGGGCGGGGCGGAGGGCGGGGCGGAGGGCGGGGAGGAGGGCGGGGAGGACAAGUGGCAGUAUGACGCGUUCGUGUCGUUCGCGGCGGAGGACGGCGGCUGGGUGGCGCAGCACCUCGUGCCCGCGCUGGAGAGCGGCCGCCGCCCGCGCAGGUUGUGCCUGCACCACCGCGACUGGGAGGUGGGCGAGCUGAUCCCGCGGCAGAUCGCGACGUCGGUGGCGCGCUCGCGGCGCACCGUCCUCGUCGUGUCGGAGGCGUUCGCGCGCUCGAGCUGGGCGCGCGCGGAGCUGGACGCGGCGCUGGCGGCGGCUGCACGCGGCCGCGCGGCGCCGCUGGUGGUGCUGCGCGCGCUGCCGCCGCCGGCCGCGCUGCAGACGGCGCCCGCGCUGCGGCUGUACCUGGCCGCCGCCACCUACCUGCCCGCCGACGACCCCGCCUUCCGCCGCAAGCUGCGCGCCGCCGUCCCGCGCUCCUCCCCGGCGGUGACGGUGAGCCAGCCAUGAUCUUACUGACGCGUAUAAUCGUAACUACUCUGGUCACUAAGUUUUGAAUUGAUGAAUGAUAUGACACGGUACAUAUAUUUUGCGACUAUUUUUUAUUUUUUUUCUAAGUUGGCCGCCCAAAUUUAAUGUUCAAACAAGAAGCUUUACUUCGGACAUCAUAAAAUGUGUUUCAAGCUGUAUAUAAUUGUAAUCAUGUCAGUAAUUAAAGUGCACAAUAUUAGCCAACUACUACGCCCGACUCUGAGCAAUGGUCGCGUGAUGUUGAGUCUAGAACUUCAAACACAUUGCGUCCUCAUGCAACGCACGGGAUCCUUUUCGAACGCAAUUUUUAGUGACUCAAAAUGGAUCGUCAACAAAUGAACAAGAAGGGACACCGUUUCAACAAUGUAAUAAUUUGUAAAGUGUAUCGUUCGGCGUAGCAUUGUCGAAAUCCUCACCCACGACUCGAUGAGUAACAAAUGUGCCUUAUUAGAGUAACAUGUAGUUGUCGAGACCCUGUGCCAUAUUAUGUGGAAGUGGAGCCUUGAGUUUAUGUGCUACGUAUUCCUAAUUCUAUUUAGGAAAUUUUUUUGUUUAUAAAUCGCAGCUUUGAUCAUCAGUUGCAAAGUGUAGGCAAGUGUUAGUUGGUGGAUAAGUUUUAUCUGCCCCCGACUGAACAUGAACACGUAACUCUCUUAUUCCGGCUUAACAUUGUCGAUUGCACGAAUCUCGAUCUCGAUGAUACUAACUUGUGACAUUAUUUGUGAAUCCCGCAUUAUGAAUCUUCAUUCCUAAGUUUAAGAAUAUGUCUUUUGUUUUGAACAAAUUAGAUUAAGAUGAUAUAUAAUGUUUUAUUACAAAUAAACCGAAUGUGUACAUGAGGUAACAUUGGUAUAAAAGUCGUGCUUGUCAGUACCUCAUUCUCAGCUAUUUUAGCCCCCAAAUAGGGGAGAUGACAUGGUCACGGAUUUUUAAAAGCUAUGUAUAAUCUAAAUCAUAAAAAUUUAAAAUUAUGUAAUUUUCAUUUUUAUGACAUAUUUUUAAAAGUAUCGUCAUUAUCAGAGUAAUAUAUUCACUAGUAUUUCUAUUAAUAUAAUGGUCUUCGAAUACUGAUUAAAACUAAAAUUUGUCAUCUACCCUCUUUUUUGGGGUGAUUAUUACCAUCAGAUGGACCGCAAGCCCGUUGCGUGUUCGGUAGUAUAAAAGAAUCCUAAGAAUAUAAUAUGUUUAUUUAGA